GUAAAAUGCUAUUCUGGUGCCGGAACACCUCCCGGCAGAUUCCCGCCCUCAGUUUUCACUCGGUCCGUCUUCCUCUUCCUCUCGUCUUCCUUCCUCCGCCCACAUCUCCACUCUCCACCUCCUUCCACUCAAUCACCUCUCUCUCUCUCUUCUCUCGGUUCAUUUCUCGAAAGAUGUCGCUUCUGAGAACUAGUGUGCGUCCCGCGACGCAGGCUGUCAAGGCCGCUUCCGCCAGAUCGGUCGUUGCGUCCAACAACUACGCUACCCUUCGUGAGAUUGAGAUGCGUCUCAAGUCGAUCAAGAACAUCGAGAAGAUCACCAACACGAUGAAGAUCGUCGCGUCGACGAAGCUGUCGCGUGCGCAGCGCGCGAUGCAGGACUCGCGCGCCUACGGUGCCACCUCGGACGAGGUGUUCAAGAACUCCGAGGCCAAGGCGCCCGAGGAGGGAAAGAAGCUCAUCAUUGUGUCGUCGUCCGACAAGGGUCUCUGCGGUGGUAUCCACUCGCAGAUCUCCAAGGCUGUGCGUGCGCGUCUCGCGAGCGCGCCGGAUGCGGAUCUCGUUGUGAUGGGUGAGAAGGCCAAGGUCCAGCUCGCGCGUACCUACGCCAACAACAUCAAGCUCUCGUUCAACAACAUCGGCAAGGAGGUCCCUACCUUUGCCGAGGCGCUCAUCAUCGCCGACCAGAUCAAGCAGCUCGAGUCCAAGUACGACGACAUCGAGAUCUUCUACAACCACUUCAAGUCCGGAAUCUCGUUCGAGCCGACCUCGGUCCCUGCCUUCACCGAGCAGACCCUCACUUCCUCGCCCAACUUCUCGGCCUACGACAUCGAGGAAGAGCUCGCGGACGACCUCACCGAGUUCUCGCUCGCGAACGCCAUCUACUGGGCCUUGGCCGAGGGCUACGCCUGCGAGCAGUCGGCCAGACGCUCGGCUAUGGACAACGCGUCCAAGAACGCCGGUGACAUGAUCGGUCGCUACUCGAUCCUUUACAACCGUACCCGACAGGCUGUCAUCACCAACGAGCUCGUCGACAUUAUCACUGGUGCCUCGUCUUUGGAGUAAGCUUGUUUUUGCGAAACUCGUUUGCUUCGGGGUGGGGUCGGUUUUCAUUAUCUCUUUUUCCAAAACUUUUGUUGUCUGAAGAUUUUUGUUGGAGAGUUUAGAUUUAAAGUGAUUUAAUAAAUCAUCAUACAUUA